CCGAGACCCGGCCAGAUGGGGCCUGUCCUGGGGGACCCCAGUGGGGGUUGGGUGGGAGCCCCGAGACCCCAGUCCUGGCCAGGGCUGGGGGUGGCCGGAGCCGCCUCCCCGGCUGAGCCGCGCCUUGUCCGGACGCAGCCGCACCCGGCCAGCCUGAGCCCCUUCCUCCUCACCUGCACCACCUACUUCCUCCUCUGGAUCCCUGAGGACCCGCCGUCCUGGCUGGGCGCCCUGGUCAAGUGCCUGCCGGUGCUGAGCCUGGCGGGGCUCCUGCGGGCACACCCGGGCCCCAGCGGGAGCUACAGCCUUCGCCUGCAGGCGGCCCUGCUCUUCUCGGCCCUCGGGGACGCCUUCCUCAUCUGGCCCGACCUCUUCCUCCACGGUGUCCUCGCCUGUGCCACGGCCCACCUGUUCUACAUCUGGGCCUUCGGGCUCAGCCCCCUGCGGCCCAGCCUCCUGCUGCCCGUGGUCCUGGCCUCGCUCCCGUUCUCCGGCCUCCUGCUGCUGCACCUCUCCUCCAGCCUGGUCCUGCCCCUGGCGGCCUACGCCCUGGCCCUGUCCACCAUGCUGUGGCGCGGCCUGUGCCCCGGCCUCCUGCUGCCCGUCUUCCUGGGCUCGCUCCCGUUCUCCUUCCUCCUGCUGCAGCACCUCCCGCCCGACCUGGUCCUGCCCCUGUCGGCCUACGCCCUGGCCCUGGCCGCCAUGCUCUGGCGCGGCCUGGCCCGGGGCGGCAGCGCCCGCUGGGGCGCCCUGCUCUUCGCCGCCUCCGACUGCCUGCUGUCCUGGCACACCUUCGUCCGGCCGCUGGCCCACGGCCGCCUGCUGAUCAUGGCCACCUACUACGCCGCCCAGCUGCUCAUCGCCCUGCCCGCCUUCCAGAACCCCAAGCUCAAGACAGACUGACCAGGGGCCCUGACGGGCCGGCGUCCGCCCUCUCCCCUCCUGCAGGGCCCCGGGCCUUCCCGGGAGCCGCCCUUGGGGGCCGAGCCAGGCUCCCGUCUGCAGGCCUCCGUCCAUCCGCCUGUGGGAACCGGUGCAGGAUUCCGGAGGCACCGCCCGGUUCCGAGCACUUUCCUGGGUUCUGGUUGCGGGUUCCAGGCCCCUGAGCCGGGCCCGGGCGGGGCCUCCCCAGCCCUGCCCGUUCUGUGAGCUCCGGGCCCCCCGAGUCUGUGGGAAGCAGGGAGACUCGACAGUCUGUGAGGACGAAAUUCCCGCUGAGGGGAGUU